AUGGCGGCGAAGGCAGAGAACGAAGACUCCGACGAGUUCGUAACUCUCACCUGCACCAAUUUUGAUGCUUCGGAGCGGAACGAAAACUCGGACGCCGAUCAGAUCGUAAUUUCAACGGCCGGUGUCGACAGUUGGGACUUGCAAUUAAUUUCCAGUCACAAAGUCCUCAAAAUAAAAGCCAAUCCAAAGAGGCUGAUUGAAAAAUCUUCUUAUUUUCGUGGACUCCUACGUGGAAACUUUUGUGAAUCUAGGCUGAAAUAUAUUUCGAUACAUUGGGAUACAGAGUCGUUUUUGUGUGUUUUAAGGUUCAUGUUUGGAUCCAAGGUGGAUAUUACGACUGAUAAUUUUAUUCCUAUGUACGAGGCUGCUUUAUUUUUCGGAGUGGAGUCUCUUCUCUUGAAAUGUCAUGUUUGGUUAAAUAAAGUAACAUCGCUCGAAGGAGUUCAAUCACCAGAAUUUUGUCUGUAUGAUUUGGUUCACAUCUGGAAUUAUGGUUUUGAGCACUCCAAUGAUUUUAUCCUACAAAAAUCUACAAGCUAUCUAGCAAGGAACUUUAUGUGGGCAUCAUCCUGUAACUCUUUCAACAAUAUUCCUCUUGAGUUACUAUGUUCGGUUAUAAAGGAUCCCGAAUUGACUGUAGACAGUGAGAAGCAUCUCUGUGAAGCCAUUUUAGUUUGGCUUGAUGUGAAUAUAGCUCAAUCAGAGGGCUGGAGUGGUGAAGAAGCAAGUCACGCUGAUUUAUUAAAGCAGAUACGAACAUCACUUUUGCCCUUGAGGUUUGUUGCUGGUAAACGAAAAUCCUGUUUCUUUUCAAAGUUUGCUGAUAAAGGCCUUCGUUCCAUCCUAAGUUUGACGAGACCUCUUUCAAUGAUAUCAACGAACGUAUUCAAAGAUGCUGACUUGAGUCAUCUUAGAAUCCGGCUUACAAAAUAUACUAAGAGAGUGGAUCUCUCCAGUUGCCCACAGUUCACGCCAUCACUUCUCCUGCUGUCGAUGCUUCCUUUUUCAUGCUAUGCAGAUCAUAUGUUAGAAAAGAGCAUUAAGGAAUCUUUAAUUAACCGUGUGAGUCUAAAAGAGGAUGUCUCUCUCGUAUCCCAAGUAUUGGGGCAGAUGUUGACUUUUAUUGAAGUAGAAGAGGUGGAUAUUUCAAAUUGUCCAAUGCUAAAUCUUGAGGCUGCCAUUGAGUGUUUCUGCAAGUCGCCAUCAUUAAGAAAAUUAAGAGCGGCUUACUCUUUAGACUUCAAAACAAAGAGAUUGUGUCAAUUGGUACAAAAGUGCCCACUACUCUCUGACAUUGACCUAACUGUAGAUGUUACUACUCUCAUACCUGGACAUGUGUCAAUUGUAUCUUCCUGGACAGCCUUGCCACAAAGAUCUACAACAUACUUCAACCUUGAUAAUUGUUAUUCUGCUGCCUCUUUUUCAUAUACGUCCAGGAAAUUCCUCUCAAAUAUCACGAAACUGACUUUGGAGGGCCGAACCGACAUCAGAGAUUCUGAUCUCCAUGACAUCUCAGAGUUCUGUGCUUCGUUGUGCUACCUUAACCUUAACGGGUGUACUUCAUUGACGGACAAUGGUAUAUCAGAAAUAAUUCUGAAAUGUAAAAGACUACACUCAGUUUUGGUGUGUGAUACUUCUUUCGGGAAUAAUUCAAUUCUUGCACUUUGCUAUGGGAUUUCUGUUGCGGAAUCCAAAAGAGGAAACUACUCUCACGCAAUGGCUUCUAAGUGUCAAACCCUGCAUGUUGGUGGCUGCAAAGGGAUAAAUGAAACAGCUUUGUCAGAGCUUCUGUCUGGAGCAAAUAAUUUGAGGAGUCUGUGUCUGCGGGAGAUUCAACUUGUUGACAAUGCUCUUUAUUGUUUUUCAGGAUCCUUCUUGGAGAUGCUUGAUGUUUCUGAUACAAAGGUUUCUGCUGCUGCUUUGGCAUAUGUUAUUCAUAGAAAUCCCAAUCUAAAAUGUUUGAAAGCAAGAGACUGUAGGCAUUUGCUACUAAAGGAAAGUAAGACUGAAGAGAGAAACUUGCCUGCUUUAUUGCAUACUCCAAAAGAGUGGUACUCUGAGCUUGGCAAGUCCUGCAAAUUGGAGGAGAUUCAACUUGGAUGGGGUUUUUCAUUUCUUUAUAUGGAAGCUCUUAAACCGGCAUUUAGAACAUUAAGAACAAUAGCUGUUGGUUUAGGUGGAUCCUUGGGCCAAGAUGGGCUGACGCAGUUACCCGAUAUCUGUCCUUCGAUUGAGACUUUGGUUCUAUAUUUUCAGGUGAUAACCGAUUCUGCUAUAAUGCAUGUUAUGAAAACCUUGUUGCAGUUGCAAGUCUUGGCUCUAUGCUAUUGCAUUGGUGAGAUUUCAUCAGUAAGCUUUAAGUUCAUGAUGCCGAAUUUGAAGAACCUGAGACUUGAAAGAGUAACACCAUGGAUGACAAAUGAAGAUUUGGUUAAUCUGACACAGAAUUGUCCCAAGUUAGUCGAGCUUUCGUUGACAGGAUGCACAUUGCUUAAUUCAGAAUCCCAAGAUAUUAUUUCAAGUGGUUGGCCAGGAUUGAUAUCUAUUCAUCUUGAGGACUGUGGAGAAGUAACGACCAAUGACGUUGUAUCUCUUUUGGACUGUCAUGCCCUUGAAGAUCUUAUGCUACGUCAUACUGGUCCUGGAAUUACAAGAAAUUUCAUCAUUUAUGCUGCUUACAAGUUACCGAUGCUUCGAAAAAUAUCACUCGAUAGAUGUGAUGCAAGGGAUGGAGACUUUGACAUUCCAAACUGUGAUGACAGGUACUUCUUAAGUAGUGUGAAGAUUGCUAGAUGUAAGCUUCAACCCUGCACCUUCGACCUUCAUAAUCUGGAUGGCCAGAGAACCCCAGUGCAUAAAGAAACUCUGAUAUUGGAGUGGAACAGUGAAAAACUCACGAGAACUGUGGUGAAGGAAAGACUUUAA